AAAAUGGGAACAACAGGAGUAAAAAAGAUAAGGAAUAGACAUAGACCAAAUGGCAAGCAAGCUUUUCCCUGGGGCCAAUAUACUGAAAUACAUGUGCAAAAAGCCAGUAUAUAUCUUUUCAUUUCUCAAAUCCAUCUCUUUCCAUCUACUCAUCAACUUUACAGUUCCUUGGCCACUUUGUUAUUCGAAGGUGUGCAUAGUCCAGCUCUAAAGGGGAAUCAUCCUAGCUUGUUGAUAUAAUAAGCGACAUCUCAACUGGGGCUUCUACAUUGGGAUUGCGAAUCUGAUCAUGGGAAUCACCGGGGAGCUUGUUAGGAGUGUCUUCUCCAAGAGCAAGUCCAUCAGAGGUCAUGAAGCCAAUGUCAGAAGUAAUCAAGAACGGAAAAGAUGGAAAAGUUCAGUGAGAUCCUACCUGUGUGGGGAUGAAUUUAACUCUGUUCUCGCGGAGGAGGAUUCAGCUUCUCUGAGGAGCUCCAAAGUCACUGUAUCAACUGAACCUGAAUUUAGUUCGACCAAUGUAGAUGAUCCUGCUUCUUCCGUUUGGAGCUCUGAGGCUACAGUCACCCAACCUGUUCCAGAGAACUUAGUCGAGAAAACAGAUGCUGAGAGCAAGCAAAAUGAUGUAGAUAUACAAGAAGAAAAACAUAAUUCAACCUCUAAUUUGUUUCGCAAAGAUGAUGCGGCAAUUGUAAUCCAGUCGGCAUUAAGAAGAUUUCUGGCUCGGAGGCACAAGGAAGGACUCAGCUUGAUGGAUUGUAAGGAAAAGCUCGUUGUAGGAGCAGAAAGUAAAAGGAGUAACUCUGUUGGAACAUCUAUAGAAGUUCAAACUGGAAAUUUAACAGUUCAAUCCUUUCAAGAGGAAAGCGAGAGUCAGCUUCAACGAGUGCAACACAAAGGGAGACCUCAAGUACUGAAGCUAAAGGAGGACUGGGAUGAUAGCACCGUAAGCAGCAAUAUAUCAAAGCUGAGAAUGCAAAACAGAUUAGAAGCAACAACAAGGCGCGAAAGAGCGUUAGCUUAUGCCUUCUCGCAACAGCUAAGAGUCUGUUCAAAGAAGAAACACACAAGAUCCGAAUCAGAAGUUGUGGAAUCUAACAUGGGCUGGAAUUGGCUCGAACGUUGGAUGGCAACCCGCCAGCAAGAUAAUUGCUUAACAGAAAUAACUAAGCAAUAUGAGCCACUAAAUAGAAACCAAAAAACAGCUACGAGGAAGAGGCUGUUAUUUGAUAUAGGGGGAGAAGAGGAAAGUUGCGGAUCAAACGAAGUUGCUAUACAACUUGAUAAUUUUUCUGUCCCAGCAUUUUCAAAAGAAAAGGAAGAUUACACAAAGCCCCUGCAGGACAGGCUAAAGCCAACAAGUGUUUCAAGAUGCAAGACUUUGCCAAGAGACCACUAUUCCAAGGAGACUGUAAAGCUAGAUGCUCAGACAAGUAACCCAAAGGACAAUGUUAAGGUGAUCAAGAAACAAUCUGCAGGGGAGGAUGAAAUAGACAAAAAACAUAACAAGCCAAAACAGCCUUCGGGACUCAAGAAAGAAGCAGAAUGUAAAGAUGCUACAUCUAAAGCAUCACCAGAACUUUAAAGUUUCAAAGAACUAUUCCAAGUAGGGAUUUUAGUCUCACUAGCAAAAUAUGCGUGUAAGAUUGGAUUUGUGCAGUAGCGUUGUGGCUUCUUAGUAUAUGUAAAUUGGGGUCGACUUGGUGUAAUAGGGUUGUCUCUUUCUAGCAUAUGUAGUAUCUUGUUGUAUGCUUAUAAGUGCAGCAGUUUUUAAGGGAGCAGAAGUCAGAAUUCUGCUCUGGAUGUUUCA